GCACGACUGAGAUUGAAAAGCAAAACCAGUGGCGAAGAAUUGACAGCAUUCUGAAAUCUUCGUAAGCUACAAGUUGACCGGAAUAAGCUACCCAAUUCUGUAAUUCAGGGACCCGCAAAAAUCUAUGCUGACUCUCCGCUCUUAUCCUUUUCCUUAUUCUGCGGAUUUAAAUUAAUAAACCCUGGCCCAUAAACCCCUCAAUGACUCUCCUCCCGAUGUAUUCUGAAUUGGAAAAUGAUUAUAUUUUUCCGUCAAUCAACAUUUGCUUUGUCAUACACACAGAGAAGACUCCAAAUGUCAAAUAUAUAAAUCGGUUAAAUUUCCCUUCGACAGAUCCAUUGAAGAAUACGAAGAAAACUGGAGUGCGGUAGAUCCGUUGCAGCGUUCAUGUGCAGAAGGAGAACUCAAGAUUCAGCCAUUUUAUACCUUUAUUUCAAGUUUCGGUUUUUCUCGUGAUUUAUUUUUCCCCUUUCCUGUAAAUUCAUGGCACGGCUGUGCAUCUCCAAGGUUUCUGAGAGUAUAAUCCAGUGCAGCGUUCAUGUGUAGAAGGAGGACUCGAGAUUUAGCCAUUUUAUACCUUUUUUUCAAGUUUCGGUUUUUUUCGUGAUUUUUUUUUCCCCUUUCCUGUAAAUUCAUGGCACGGCUGUGCAUCUCCAAGGUUUCUGAGAGUAUAAUCCAGUGCAGCGUUCAUGCGUAGGAGGACUCAGGAUUUAGCCAUUUUAUACCUUUUUUUCAAGUUUCGGUUUUUUUCGUGAUUUAUUUUCCCUUUUCCUGUAAAUUCAUGGCACGGCUGUGCAUCUCCAAGGUCUCUGAGAGUAUAAUCCAGUACAUCGUUCAUGUGUAGAAGGAGGACUCAAGAUUCAGCCAUUUUCUACGUUUUUUUUAAGUUUCGGUUUUUCUCGUGAUUUUUUUCCCUUUUCCUGUAAAUUCAUGGCACGGCUGUGCAUCUUCGAUACUUGUGAGAGUAUAAUCCAGAGAAGACAAUUCUUGGAGAGUAAUACGACAUCACACAAGUCAGGGUUUCUUUACUUGGGGGCAAAAAAUUCGGUUGACAAUAUUUUGAUUGUGCUCGUUGCUUUGCUUUGCGCUCUCUUGUUUGCCUUCUUCUUUAACUCUGUUGUCCGAUGUGCCCUGCACUGGACGCGGAGUCGCAGGGUCGAAUCCCCAGAGGAAUCGGCCGCAGGGGCGAGUAAUACAGAAAUGAGAAGAAAAUUUGUGGUGGAUAUUCCCAGUUUGGUCUUCGGCGCCCCGGGUUCGAAUCCCCCGGGGUUGGGAACCGAUUGUCCUAUUUGCUUGGGAGGAUUUACAGAAGGAGAAAAAGUAAGGAUGCUGCCAAAAUGUAAUCACGGAUUUCACGCCCAGUGCAUUGACAAGUGGCUGUUUACGCGGCCUUCUUGUCCUACGUGUCGGGAAUCCUUGCUGGACCUCACUGUGCAGCGUGGACGGACUAGUAACAGUUGCCUUGAUGGGGAUGACAGAUCAUCUUUUGGAACCGCUUUCGUGGCAGCUUCUGCCAGCUCCUCCGCCCAUCCCUGAUGUUUAUUUGCACUGGUCCAGAGGUUUUCUUAACUGUGUUCUUAUGAGUGGCUUAAGAUUUAUGUCAUUUGACUGUAAAAUAUUUUGAAGUCACGCCAUGGGGGGGUGGUAGAGUGCAUUCCUGCCUUUCCUUUGUGUAAGAUGACAUCUACUUUCUAAAUUCUUAAGAGUGGAGUAGCGUAUUUUAGGAAAUCAAUUAAUGUGAUAAAAUAAUAAAAUGUAUAUUUAUUGUUGA